UUGUUUCCUUGUGUACUUUGUUUUCUUGUCUAGUAGUUUCAAAGAGAAACAAGUUUAUUCACAGUAUUUUCUCCAUCCAUUAGGAUUUUCAAUAUCAGCUGCUAGAUUGGGAUUGCCUGAUACUGGAUUUAUUUCCUAUGGGGAAAUGGUGGAUCAGGGGCAACUAAUCACUCAAGCUGUGUCAAUUCCUGUAAUUGGGGAUGGUGAUAAUGGCUAUGGAAAUGCCAUGAAUGUCAAAAGAACUAUCAAGGGAUUUAUAAAAGCUGGCUUUGCAGGAAUCAUUCUUGAAGAUCAGGUUCUGUUGGGUACAGAUUCUCACACCUGCACUGCUGGAGCAUUUGGUCAAUUUACUACUGGAAUUGGCAUCACUGAUGCAGGUUUUGUAUUAGGAACUGGGAAGCUCCUGCUCAAGGUACCCCCAACUCUGAGAUUUGCAAUGGACGGUGAAAUGGCUGAUUAUCUGCUUGCAAAGGAUUUGAUUUUGCAAAUUAAAUCUAAGAUGUGUGCCAUAAAACUGAGGACUUUAUGGCUGCUGCUAAAGUUUUUCUAAAUUCGGGCAGAAAGGUCAAGGUUCCCACAUUUCUUGUCCCUGCAACCCAGAAGGUCUGUAAUGCCGGAUCAUAAUGUGUUUCAAGUCUGCGAAUUCACCAGUUACAAAAGGAUACUGAUCUAAAGACAGAAAGAAACUGAUUUACAAAUUUAACUGUAAUAUAUUGUAAAAAUUAUCAGGUUUUGAGAUAUUUUAAGUUUCUUAGUGUUGAACUAUAGUAAUGUUUUGGACUUUUAGAUUGCAGAAUUAUGAAAUGAAGUUGAUGUGUAUAUAUUGUCUUUGA